AUGCGUCCGUGAGCCCUCCCUCCCUCCCUCCCUCCCUCCUCCAGCGUUCACGCCGCCCCGGUUUUAGCGCGCGCCUCGAGUCCCGCGCGUGUGCGUGCGCGCGUGCUGUGUGUGUGCGCGUGUGUGUGUGUGUGUGUGUUUUUUUUUUUUCCUCCUCCGGCUCCCUCUUUGCGCUUCCUCCGCGCGGCUGCCCACGCGGGGUCCACGGACGUCUGGGGGAAAGCCGGCGGGCUGGAGGGCAGGACACCGAGCCGCCAGAGAGAGGGAAAAUGAAUUUGGAAGAGAAGUGGUGAACCGUUCGCUUUUUGGAGUACUAACAACCACUGGUGUUGCGGGGGGGCCUUGGAGGAAUAAAAGGUCUGGACCAAAGAGAAAUCGCACCCCAAAAAACUAUUUCAGAUGGAGGUGGAUGCGGACGGGAAGCGCCAUCGCACACGCUCCAAAGGUAUCCGAGGUACAUCUCCCGGAACCUGCAGCGGCCCUGCUCAGGCUGCCGUGGAACCAGCGAUACAAGAGCUGUUCAGCUGCCCGACGCCAGGCUGUGAUGGGAGUGGACACGUUAGCGGCAAAUAUGCAAGACACCGCAGUGUCUAUGGCUGCCCAUUGGCCAAAAAAAGGAAAACCCAAGACAAGCAGCCACUGGAGCCUGUUGCCAAGAGGAAGCCUUUACUGACUCGUUCGGACAACUCUUCCAUGGACGAGUGCUACGAGACGGACGGCACAGAGGAGAUAUACGAGAAGGAGGAGGAAGAAGAGGAGGAUGAGGAGGAAGACGAGGAGGAAUAUUCGGAGGACAAUGAAGAGCAGGUAGAGCCAGAGGAGGAGGGAGAUGUGGAGAGGGGGGAGGGGCAAGAGGCAGAGGAGGAGGUGGUAGAGGAAGAGGAGGAGGAAGAAGAGGAAGAGGAGGGUGACGGUGACGAGGAAGAGGAGGAAGAAGAGGAGGAAGAGGAGGAAGAAGAAGAAGAGGAGGAAGAAGAGGAGGAGGACUACGAGGAGCAGAACCAGGAGAAUGAGGACAAACAGACAAACGGCAGCUACGCGAAGUCCAGCCAGGGAGCAGAGAAGGACGACAACAACAAUGACGAGUACGACAACUACGACGAGCUGGUGGCCAAGUCGCUGCUGAACCUGGGCAAGAUAGCCGAGGACGCGGCCUACCGCGCCAUGACCGAGUCGGAAAUGAACAGCAACUCGUCCCACAGCGCCGAGGACGAGGACGAGGAGGACGAGGACGAGGACGAGGAGAAGGGCGGGAGGAAGGGAGAGCUGAGCCUGGACGUGGAGAGCGACGUGGUGCGGGAGACCGUGGACUCGCUGAAGCUGCUGGCGCAAGGCCACGGCGCUGUGCUCUCGGACAACCUGAACGGGCGGGGCUACCUGGACGGGGGCGCGGGGGAGGGCGGGGACAGCGAGGACUGUAACGGCGGGUCCGGGGUCGGCGGCGGGGGCCGGGGGGCAGGCGGGGCCGGGGGGCAGGGCAAGCCCACCAGCAACGGGCAGGUGGAGGAGAGCGACGAGGAGGUGUGCCUGAGCAGCCUGGAGUGCCUGCGGAACCAGUGCUUCGACCUGGCGCGCAAGCUGAGCGAGACGCAGCCGGCCGACCGCGGCCCGCCCCCGCCGCCGCUGGCCCAGACCCCCCCGCACGUCCAGAGCGCCCCCGAGCCGCCGGACCUGCGGCCGGCCGUCUACGGCGACUGCCAGCAGGGCGCGCUGGAGCGCAACUACUCCGACAUGGUCAACCUGAUGAAGCUGGAGGAGCAGCUCAGCCCGCACUCCAAGGCCUUCUCCAGCUGCGCGCACGAGGGCGGCGGCUACCGCGACGAGGACACCACCUCCGUGGCCUCCGACCGCUCCGAGGAGGUGUUCGACAUGACCAAGGGCAACCUGUCCCUGCUGGAGAAGGCCAUCGCCCUGGAGUCGGAGCGCGCCAAGGCCAUGCGCGACAAGAUGGCGAGCGAGGCGGCCUCCAGGCGGGAGGGCCACCGCCUGCACGACGUCCACGGCGCCCGGCAAACCUGCGCCGAGGAGCGCAAGUCCCGGCUGCACGACGGCAUGAAGAAGCCGUACUACCCAAAAGAUUCCUCCUCACGGAUGGAGAAAAAGGAGAGCCGGUGUCCAACGCCAGGGUGCGACGGGACCGGACAUGUGACGGGGUUGUACCCCCACCACCGGAGCCUGUCGGGGUGUCCCCACAAAGACAGGGUGCCACCAGAAAUUCUUGCAAUGUAUGAAAAUGUUCUUAAGUGCCCUACACCUGGCUGCACGGGACGAGGCCAUGUCAAUAGCAACAGGAACUCCCACCGGAGCCUCUCGGGGUGCCCCAUCGCCGCGGCGGAGAAACUGGCCAAGGCCCAGGAGAAGCAUCAGAACUGCGACGGGAGCAAGUCCAACCAGGCUUCGGACCGUGUACUGAGGCCCAUGUGCUUUGUGAAGCAGCUGGAGAUCCCACAGUAUGGCUACAAGAACAACAUCUCCACCAGCACCCCACGCUCCAACCUGGCCAAGGAGCUAGAGAAGUACUCCAAGACCACCUUUGACUAUAACAACUACGACAACCACCACGUCUAUGGGAAACGGGCCAUCGCACCCAAGGUCCAGGGCAGGGAUGUCUCACCCAAGGGAUAUGAUGCUAAGCGCUACUGUAAGAGCUCCAGCUCGGCCAGCAGCAGCAGCAGUUACGCCCCCAGCAGCAGCAGCAGCAGCCUGAGCUGUGGAGGAGGGGGCAGCAGCGCCAGCAGCACCUGCAGCAAGAGCAGCUUCGACUACACGCACGACAUGGAGGCGGCCCACAUGGCCGCUACCGCCAUCCUCAACCUGUCCACCCGCUGCCGCGAGAUGCCCCAAAACAUGGGCGGCAAGCCACAGGACCACUGUCCGCGGAACCCCGACCUGGAAGUGGACGAGAACGGCACUCUGGACCUGAGCAUGAAGCAGCGGGGCGGGCGGGAGAGCAGCUGCGCCGUGCUCACGCCCCUGGAGCCCAUGUCUCCCCAACGCCAGGCCCUCCUCAACAGCCGCUGCUACCAGAUGAGCGAGGCCGACUGCUGGGACCUGCCCGUCGACUACACCAAAAUCAAGCGCAUCGACGAGGACGACCCCAAAGAGCCCGACGACUUGGAUCCCUUCCAGGACAUUCUGGACGACAGACAGUAUCCCAGUGAUGUCACCGUCCCCAGUCCGAAGCCAAAAUAUGUCCAGUGCAAGGAGAGCAAAAAGGAUCUGAUAACAUGUCCAACACCAGGGUGUGAUGGAAGUGGUCACGUGACUGGUAAUUACGCCUCACAUAGAAGUCUCUCUGGCUGCCCUUUAGCCGACAAAAGCAUUCGAAGCAUGAUGGCCACCAACACGCAGGAACUCAAGUGCCCGACCCCCGGGUGCGACGGUUCGGGACAUAUUACUGGGAACUAUGCCUCACACAGAAGCCUAUCAGGGUGUCCCAGAGCGAGGAAGAGCGGCAUUAAGAUAACGCACAGCAAAGAGGAUAAGGAGGAACAGGAGCCUAUCAGGUGUCCAGUACCGGGCUGCGAUGGGCAGGGUCAUGUGACGGGGAAAUACGCAUCCCACCGAAGCGCAUCGGGCUGCCCCCUGGCGGCCAAACGGCAGAAGGACGGCUACAUGAACGGCUCCCAGUUCACCUGGAAAUCGGGGAAGACGGAUGGCAUGUCCUGUCCAACGCCAGGCUGCGAUGGGUCGGGUCACGUCAGUGGGAGCUUCCUGACCCACAGGAGUUUAUCGGGGUGUCCCCGGGCCACAUCCGCCAUGAAGAAAGCCAGAAUGUCAGGAGUGGAAAUGCUAACGAUAAAACAACGGGCCAGCAAUGGGAUAGAGAAUGAUGAAGAAAUCAAACAGCUGGAUGAAGAAAUCAAAGAUUUAAAUGAAUCUAAUUCACAAGUGGAGGCAGAUAUGAUAAAACUUAGAACACAGAUUACCACAAUGGAGACUAAUCUGAAGUCAAUAGAGGAAGAAAACAAGGUGAUUGAACAGCAAAAUGAAUCUCUCCUGCAUGAGCUGGCCAACCUCAGCCAGUCACUGAUAAACAGUUUAGCUAAUAUCCAGCUCCCACAUAUGAAACCGCUGCCACACAAAGAGGUGCCCAUUAGAAAUAACAGCUGUUUGCAGUUGCAUCAGAGAGAGCCGAUAAACGAGCAAAACUUUGACGCUUACGUGACCACAUUGACAGACAUGUAUACAAACCAGGAUCAGUACCAGAGUCCGGAGAACAAGGCCCUAUUGGAAAACAUAAAACAAGCGGUACAAGGGAUCCAAGUGUAGCCCGCUGACAUCACAACAGAACUGGUCCGCAAAGGACAGCGAACACAAUUUAAAAAAGGAGAGAGAAAACGUAAAAUAAGAGAGGCCUCAUGGUUUGCUGCUGUACUUUAUCAGACAGUGUUAAAUAUUAAUUUCCCUUCUUUAAAAAAAAGUGUUAUGCUUAUCGAAAACCUUCAUAAUGAUUUUUCUUUUUUUGUCUUGCUUUGGAAAUAGUUGACAGCAGAAUAGUUUUUGAAAACAUUCACAUUUUGUACGUUUUCAUAUGAGCUGACAUAGUGCGAUGUACUGUUUAUAGCUGCUAAUGUAUGGACAUUUUUAGUGUAUAUUUCUCAAAAGUGAGCUGGACAAUAGAGAACAUAUAAGUUCUUUUUAAUGCUUAUUGACAAACCAUUUUAGAUUCAAGAGCUGAACUGGACAGCAAAAAAAAAAAAAACAAUCAAAAAAGAAAAAUAGGAAGACCACUUUUGAAUUAUCUUUUCUCCUCGUUGGAUGAUUUUAUGGAAUUUUAAAAAAUGCUUUGAUUUUUUUUUUCUUUCUGUGCAGAUUGUUAAAUAGCAAGACUUGGUUGUAAAAUUCUUUAUUUUUGAAUGAUGCUUGAGAAAAUCCUUGUCUUUUGUUAAAAAAAAAUGUUGGCAGUGGUAGGUGGGGGCAUUUAAAAAAGAUGAUGGACUUAAGAAUUUAAAGAAACCGAAUAGAUGUAUGAAUGUUACAGUUUUAAUGUAAACAUCAUGACACGGAAACCUAAUGGUGGAAAUCCCAAUAUCUAGAAAGGACUAUUUUAUGACUAAAAAAAUUUAAGCAUUCUGUGUUGUUAAAUAACCCAUUGUCAUUCAAUCAACGAGACGGUGAUGUUCAACGGCAAUAGAAAAUCUAGGCGUCAUUCUAGCUUUAGCGUUAGUUCUUUUCAAUCUUAAAUCUUCAGUAGCUAGAAUUGGACAAUGUUUUAGCAAUAUAUAAUGAAUAAAUCGCAUAUUUAUAGAUAUGGGAUGCAAUCUACAUAAACAGUUUGGGUAUAUGCAAUUUCUUAUUUAUAAACAUAGUGAACAACGAAUCUUUUUACUAUAUGUAAAAUAUUAAUUUUUAUAUAAAUCUUUUAAUACAAAAAAGUAAAAAAAAUGAAACAUGGACAUUCAGUUUAGAAUAUGAGAGAGGCUUUAUCAGUUGACUUUCUUUACGUACAUUUUUUGCACAAGAACACCUUUGUUUCCAUGUUUUGAUGUUUUUACAGAAACUAAAGCAGUACCUGGAAGCCUAACAUAAGGAAAAUGGUUUUGUAAAGAAAAAAUAUAUAUAUAGUUUAUGAGAGCGGGACGAACAGGGUCAUUGUCCCCACAUAUGUGCCAGUAGACUAUUUGCACUUGUCCUAUAGAUAUACAGUAUCCUAACAUGUGGAAGUGUGCAAUGUCCAGGUGUCCCUUUGGCACACAAUUGGAACCAAUAACUGUUGGGAGCCACUGUGGGCAAUUAAAACAGUAUCAUUGAUGGAAACUACAGGGAAUUUAAAAUCAAAAAACGAUAUUAAUAAUAAUACUAUCAGUAAUAAUAUCCAUUAUGAAUGAAUAUGUUUAUUUGAUCUUUUCUUUUUGGUAUAUUAUUUGAACAAGAAGAAUCCCAGCAGCACUUUAUUUAUAACUAAUCACUGUACAAAAUGAUAAAAAGAACUAAUUAAAAAUGGGGGAACAUGAUGAUUAAAAAACAAGAUGACUCCAGUUUUCCUAACAGACUCAAUCGCUGGGGAAUGAACUCUGUAGUUUAACUUCGAGGGAGGGAGGUGGGGGUCGGGUAUUGUGGUCUAAUAUCUGUUAAGCCCACCCCUCCCCCACCCCCACCUCUCCCCCAAUUUUCUGUUGUGCUUAGUUGUAGCUACCAUGUUCAAAACUGCCUUUUGAAAGCUAACGCAAAGGUGCUUGUUGUUCACCUGAUCACAUAUAUUGUACUUUAUGUCCGUUUUUAGGGCUACAUUCUCCAUGACUGCAUAUGCCGUUUUACACAGCAUCGUGUCUGCAGCUUUUUGCCAAUAUAGUAACGCUUUCAGUAGAGUAAUAGCUAGUAUCGGUUUUUGAAUUAAUUAUCGUUAUCAGUACAAUGGAAGGGGAUUUUAAGCACAAACCUGCUGCUGAUCUGCUGUUGGUACAUAAUAUCAAAUCAAAAAAGUAAUCUGUGACUAUUUACAUAGGGAACGCAAAAAGGUGUCACAUAUUAGAAUGCUGAAUUUUCAUAUAAAUUAUUGUGAAUUCAUCAGAGUUUAUUUAUUCUAACUUACUCAUUUUUGAAGUUGAUUUAAGUAAUCAUUAAUGAAGACAGGAUUUUGUAUAAACUAUUGUGCUCUCUGUGGAACUGAAGUUUGAUUUAUUUUUGUACUACACGGCAUGGAUUUGUUGACAUUUUAAUUUUGCUAUAAAUGUGUGAGAUCACAAGUUGCUGUGAUAUUUCAUUUUUAAAUUGUGAACUUUGUACAAUUUUUGUCAUGCUGGAUGUUGACACAUCUUACUCUGAAUAAAGAAAAAUUGUGUUGCCAGAUA